UUAUUAAUUAAUCAUGAACUGUCUCUUCCAUCAUUAUGACAUCAUCGUUUGAGACUUUUUUAUGUAGAGAAUGCAUCGUGAUGUUUUCUCAUUGCAGUUCCUAACAACUACGUAGUGUAUAUAUAUACACACACAUCCAUAUACAGACACGCGUCCAAAUUCUUUCCAAGAAUCCUACUCUUUCUCUCUGCACAAACACAACAACAAAGAAUGGAAAGAGGGAAUCAUUACAAGAAAAGUUUGUGGACAGAAGAAGAAGACAAGAUACUCAUGGAGUACAUAAGAGUGCAUGGAAAAGGACACUGGAAUCGUAUUGCCAAGAAAUCUGGAUUGAAGAGAUGUGGAAAGAGUUGCAGAUCAAGGUGGAUGAAUUACCUAAGCCCGAGUGUAAAGCGGGGCGACUUUACUGAGGAAGAAGAAGACCUCAUCAUUAGGCUUCAUAAUCUCCUUGGGAACAGGUGGUCUUUAAUUGCAAGAAGAGUACCGGGACGAACUGAUAAUCAAGUGAAGAAUUACUGGAAUACCCAUUUGAGCAAAAAGCUGGGCAUGAAGAAGAAAAAUAGUAGAGUUGCUGUUCCUGCACUUGCAAACUCCACACCACUAGUGGAAGUGUGUGAGACACCCACAACAGCAGAUCAUUCAAAUCAUCAUUGUUGUGGUAGCAGCAAGAGAUCAAUUUCAGCCACUGAAUCCAAAGUAAAUGAAGCCACUCCCAGUGGUACCACUGUUGAGGCCUCAGACAUGCAAGGAUCGACCAUGAUCCACGAGGAGGCCGAGGCCGGUUUUGUUGAUUCUUUCUGGUUGUCUGACAAUGAUUUCAAAUUAGAUACCCCUAGCUUGAUGGAGUUCUUAGAUGGGUGUUCCUUUGAUCUUGAUUAUUGGAAUGGAUUAUAAUUUCUUUCUUUCUUUCUUAACAA